AUGCCUCGAAAACGGUGGAUUGACAAGAACAAAGCCCAAACCUUCCAACUUCUUUACCGUCCACAAAAUGAUCCGUCUUUGCACGACGAGACUGCCGACGAGCGGGCACUCUACCCUAUCUCAGGGCCAGGCCCGGCCUCUCGGAAGACCGAGCAGAAAGGAGGAUUGCAUUUGACCGACCUGGAAGAUGAUUUGGACUUCGAGAACAUGCGCGAGAACGAGGGGGAAGCGGCACAGUACGGGAUUUAUUUCGACGAUACAAGUUAUGACUACAUGCAACAUCUGCGAGAUGUUGGAGAAGGCGGUGGAGAGUCUCAUUUCAUGGAGGCUGCUCCUGUCAAGGUGCAGGGCAAGGACAAAGGAAAGGCAAAAACCAUAAAGUUAGAAGAUGCACUCAGAGAAGUAUCGCUGGGCGAUGAUCAGAGCAUGGUCGGAAGCGAGAUGCCAUCGACGUUUUCCACCUCAACAAGGCCUGCGACGUAUCAAAACCAGCAAGAUAUCCCCGAUGAAAUUGCCGGGUUCCAACCCGAUAUGGAUCCCCGACUACGAGAAGUUCUGGAGGCUCUAGAUGACGAUGCUUAUGUGGACGAGAAGGACGAGGAAGAUAUGUUUGCAGCGCUUGCAAAGGAAGGUCAGUUUGGCGAACUGGAUUUGGCUGAAUUCAAGGCGAACUUCGAGGAUGAAGAUGACGACGGGUGGGAGUCAGAUGCGACAGAGAGGGCUCCUGUCCAACAGGCUCAAGUGCCCAUGCGGACGUCGUUCCCAACAGUCGCUGGGGCCGAAUCAGCCACUGAAGACGGUUCUAUAGAUGCCGAAGCCGCCGCAGCUGAAGACGGGGACUGGUUGAAAGAGUUUGCCAAAUUUAAGCGAGACAACAAAAGGGGGCCUGAGCCGAAGACAGCAGACUCCAUCAUCGCGGCUUCUGCCAUACAGGACAAAGCCCCUACGCUUUACACCUUGAAUGGCACGCCUUUGCGGCAGAAGAAGCGAAAAGGUGCCUUGACCAACCCCAGUGCAUAUUCAAUGACAUCUUCUUCUUUGGCAAGGACUGACGGACAACAAUUGCUGGAUGCUCGGUUCGAUCAAGUUGAAAAGAUGUACUCACUGGACGAGGCUGACGAGUUUGAUGAUAUGGACGGCGGCAUGUCUCUUGCAUCAGGCAUGACUGGCCAAUCGAGGAUGUCUCAACUCUCCACAACCAGCUUCGCAGAUGAGGGGGCUGUUCGACAGGAUUUCGGUGGCAUGAUGGACGACUUCCUGGGAGAUUGGAACAAAGCCAACCCAGGAGGUAAACGAAAAGGCGCAAAGGGCAAACGAGGGAAGAAUGGUAACGAAAAAUACGGUCUUCAGCAGCUCGACGAAGUGCGAGCAGAACUCGGACCUGCUAGACUAUAUUCGCGUACGACGAAAGCAUGA